AAUUUGUUUGUAUGUUUGUCCCGUAUGCUUUACAUAAUUAUGUCCACAUUUUAAAACAAAAAUCAAUAAAAGAGGGUCAGUUGUAUAAAGAAAUCUGUCUUUAAUCGUAAUAGAAUGGUUCUUUUACAGUUGCAUUGAAACGUAUAUUCAUGGUUCAGCUAGUUAAAAAAGAGCUCCCUCAUUGUAAGACCUCUUUAUUCAUUAUCAUUUGUCAUUUUAAUUAGGUCAUGGUCAAAAAUGGUGUGACAGGGCGCGUCUGUUUCGUGUCAACGUAUUGUCACGAACAUGUGAUAAAAAUUAUAGUUCUCGUGAUAGAGGUAAUAUUAGAUCCGCCAUAUAAUUUAUUUAGUAAUUAUAUUUAAUGCACUAAAGCAAAUAACUGCACUAUACCUACUUGUGAAAAGUACAAAGGUAAAAAAAUUCUGAUUAUUUUUAAUUCAAUUUUAAGUGUACAUGAACUCUAAAUUCACGCCUAAAAUAGACUAUUCCUUAAACCAGGUGGAUCAUCUAUCAAAAUGACGGACGCGACAUCGUCAGAAGAGUUACUAGUAUCCAAGAAACCGGUGAAGGAAGUGCCGGUUUAUCAGGACACAGAUACCUUCAAGCAUAAAACGGGAGACAUUUACGACGGUGGCUUCGAGAUCAAAAAGAAAGACCGGAGCAUUAAGAUGAAUGGUACAGGCACCUACUUCACAGCUGGAGGCGAAUCUUACCAUGGCCACUGGGACCGCGACAAACUAACACAAAAUGAAAUGGUCUCAAUAAUUUUCCCUGACGGAGCUAAAUAUGAAGGAAUAUUUAAAGAUUGGUGUUACUACGGUGCCGGCAAGUACACCUAUCCCGACGGGACUGUGUUGUUAGCCAACUUCGUGGAGAAUUGUCCAGUUGGAGGAAUAACUUUGUACGAUCCGAACGGACACAAGUGGUUGGGUAAGGCGGAAGUAGGGUAUGCAUGGCUUGGACCAGUGAAUCAUUAUUACGAGAUGCUUGACAAAACUUUAGAUGUCCACAAGAAGGGCCUCCGUUCUAAGACUUCAUUGCCUUCGCCGCCUAGUACGAAGAAGCAGAAGAAAGUAAAAGCUUUAUCUAAAACCCUAGUAACAUAACAUUCUUUUAUAGUCUGUCUUUUGAAGAUGGAGUAAAAACAUUUGUAGGGUUGUGCCAGUUAUCAUAAAAUUUUAAAUAGUCAUGCGGUUGUUAUCGGCAGUUUCAUCGAUAGAUUGUGAAAGAAGAUAAAAGUGAAUUGUGAAUGUUACGACGUUCUAAUGAUUACUAAUAGCAUUGUUGCCUUCUUUAUUUUUAUUUUUACAGUAGUCCUUUUAAAUUUUUAUUCAUAUAGGUACAUUUUAAUAAGGAUAGAACUUGAAAACAUGUCUCCUCUUUUUAUUUUCAAUAGACAGUUCUAAAUGUAUUCAAAUGGACCUGUGCCCAGCAGCUGGACGAAUAAUGGGCAAAUGAUGAUUCAAAUUAAACAAGUUCGGCUAUCUAUUGUAUAAGCAUAACCGACAUUCAGGCCU